UGGUGUAAUAGAGAGAGAGAGAGAGAGAGAGAGAACAGUCCAUUGUUUUCGUGUUUCUCAUUUCUGUAAAAAAAUUCUCACAUGUCACUCACUCUCGUCUCCGUAAAAUUUCCCCUGGUGGCUAGUCCAAACCCCCGCCAAAUCUCCACUCUCUCCCACUUGAAAUCCCCAAACAACAUCGCAUCCGCGAAACCCUAGCUUCCUUCCCAACCUAGGGUUUUUAGGGUUUCGAACCAUGCCGUCCCUUCCAUCUCCGGGCAAAAUCCUCCGACUUGAAAUCGAAAACUUCAAGUCCUACAAAGGCCUCCAAUCCAUUGGCCCCUUCUUCAACUUCACUGCCAUCAUUGGCCCUAAUGGUGCCGGAAAAUCCAACCUCAUGGACGCUAUCAGCUUCGUUCUCGGCGUCCGUACCGGUCAACUCAGGGGCUCCCAAUUGAAGGACUUGAUCUACGCCUUUGACGACAGAGACAAGGAGCAGAAGGGUCGAAGGGCGUUUGUCAGGCUGGUGUAUCAGUUGGGCAGUGGGACUGAGAUUCAAUUCACUCGCACUAUCACGAGUUCUGGAAGUAGCGAGUACAGGAUCGAUGGGAGGGUUGUGAAUUGGGACGAUUACAAUUCUAAGUUGAAGUCUCUGGGAAUUCUCGUCAAGGCUCGCAAUUUUCUCGUUUUUCAGGGUGAUGUUGAAUCAAUUGCAUCUAAAAAUCCCAGGGAACUUACUUCACUUCUUGAGCAAAUCUCUGGAUCUGAUGAACUUAAGGGAGAUUAUGAGGAAUUGGAAGAACAAAAAGCCAGAGCUGAAGAAAAAUCUGCACUUGUUUAUCAGAAAAAAAGAACUAUUGUUUUGGAGAGGAAGCAGAAGAAAGAACAGAAAGAAGAAGCUGAAAAACAUCUUCGCUUGCAAGAUCAACUGAAAGCUUUGAAGAAGGAACACUUUUUAUGGCAACUGUGGAAUAUAGAGAACGACAUUGAGAAGGCUAAUGAAGACAUUGAAACUGAAAAGAAAAGCCGUGAAGAACUUGUGCAGGAAGUAACAGAUUAUGAACAUGAAGCAAGCAUAAAGAAGAAAGAACAGGCUAAAUAUUCAAAAGAGAUUGCACAAUGUGAAAAGAAGGUUGCUGAAAAAAUAAGUAGACUCGAUAAGAAUCAACCUGAGCUUGUAAAACUAAAGGAGGAAAUGUCUCGCAUCAACUCAAAAAUCAAAAGUAGUGAGAAGGAGCUUAAGAAAAAGAAAGAAGAAAGAAAGAAGCAUGCAGAUGAAAUAAAAAAGCUGCAGAAUGACUUACAUGAUAUGACUAAAAAACUGGAUGAGCUACAUGAAAAAGUUCAAGAUGGUGGUGAAAAACUUCAGUUGGCCGACAGUCAACUAGAGAUAUACCAUCAAAUCAAGGAGGAGGCUGGCAUGAAAACCGCAAAGCUAAGAGAUGAGAAAGAGGUUCAUGAUAGGCAACAACAUGCUGAUACUGAAGCUCAAAAGAAUUUGGAAGAAAAUCUUCAACAGCUGGAAAGUCGGAAGGAAGAGCUGGAGUUGCAGGAGGAACAGAUGCAAGCAAGACUAAGAAAGAUUCUUGAUGCUGUUGGGAAACACAAGGAAGAACUCACACGAGUGAGAAAGGAGCAGCGUGAGAUGAAAGAAAAACUUGGAAAUUCAAGGCGCAAAUAUGAAAUGUUGAAGGCCAAAAUUGGUGAAGUUGAUAGCCAAUUACGUGAAUUGAAGGCUGAUAGAUAUGAAAAUGAGAGGGAUGCAAAGUUAUCUGAAGCAGUUGAGACUCUCAAGAGCCUGUUUGCAGGUGUCCAUGGUCGCAUGACUGAUCUUUGCAGGCCAACACAGAAAAAGUAUAACCUUGCUGUCACUGUGGCUAUGGGCAAAUUUAUGGAUGCAGUAGUAGUUGAGGAUGAACAUACAGGAAAGGAAUGCAUCAAGCAUCUGAAAGAAAGAAGGCAUCCUCCGCUGACAUUUAUACCUCUUCAAUCUGUCCGUGUAAAGCCAAUCAUUGAGAAGUUACGAACCUUACGUGGUACUGCGAAGCUGGUCUUUGAUGUCAUCCAUUUCAAUCCAGCCUUGGAGAAGGCUAUUUUGUUUGCUGUCGGGAAUACCUUAGUCUGUGAUGAUCUUGGUGAAGCUAAGGCUCUAAGUUGGAGUGGAGAGCGGCAUAAAGUUGUGACUGUUGAUGGGACUCUACUGACGAAGUCAGGUACAAUGACUGGUGGUACAAGUGGUGGAAUGGAAGCAAGGUCACAUAAAUGGGACGAUAAAAAAAUUGAAGGACUUAAAAAGAAGAAAGAGGGGUUUGAGUUGGAAUUGGAAGAGCUUGGGUCAAUUAGAGAGAUGCAGCUGAAAGAGUCUGAAGCAUCUGGGAAAAUUAGUGGACUUGAAAAGAAGAUUCAGUAUGCUGAGAUUGAGAAGAAAAGCAUUGAGGACAAACUUUCAAAAUUGAAGCAGGAAAAGGAUAAUAUCGAAGAAGAAAUUCAUCGUAGUAGUCCUGAACUUCAUAAGUUAGAAAAAGCUAUUACUGAAAGGGCUUCAAAGAUCUUGUCACUAGAGAAGAGGAUCAAUGAGAUUGUCGACCGGAUCUACAAGAAAUUUAGUGAGUCUGUUGGGGUGAAAAACAUUCGCGAGUAUGAGGAAAACCAGCUCAAGGCUGCUCAAGAAAUGGCUGAAGAAAGGUUUAACUUGAGAAGUCAGCAGUCAAAGUUGAAGUACCAGUUGGAGUAUGAACAAAAGCGGGACAUGGAUUCUCGAAUUACAAAGUUGGAAUCUUCUCUCAGUGCUUUAAGAAAUGCUUUAAAUGAGGUUGUUGCAAAAGAGGAUGAACUUAAGUCAGCAUUGGGGAAAGCUACUGAUGACGUCAAUCAUUUGAAGGAGGAAGUAAAGGAAUGGAAGUCCAAGUCAGAAGUUUGUGAGAAGGAUAUUCAGGAAUGGAAGAAGAAGAUUUCUAAUGCUACGACAAGCAUAAGUAAACUUAAUCGUCAAAUAAAAUCAAAGGAGACUCAGAUUGAGCAGCUGAAUUCUCAGAAGCAAGAGAUUUUGGAGAAAUGUGAACUGGAGAACAUAAUCCUUCCUACUAUCUCUGAUCCAAUGGAUACUGAAUCUCCUACACCAAGCCCAGUUCUUGAUUUUAGCGAACUAAGUAGAUCUCAACUGCAGGACAAGCGAUCUUCUCAGAGAGAAAAGCUUGAUGCCGAAUAUGCCAAAAAAAUUGAUGCCCUAGUAUCGGAAAUUGAAAGAACAGCUCCAAAUCUGAAGGCCCUGGACCAAUACGAGGCUCUGCUGGAGAAGGAAAGAGCUGUAACCGAGGAGUUUGAAGCUGUGAGGAAAGAAGAGAAAGAAAUAACCGACAAGUAUAAUGCAGUGAAGCAAAGGAGGUAUGAAUUGUUUAUGGAAGCUUUCAACCACAUUUCUGGUAUUAUUGACAAAAUCUACAAACAACUUACGAAGAGUAGCACGCACCAGCUUGGGGGGACAGCAUAUUUGAACUUAGACAAUGAGGACGAACCAUUCUUACAUGGCAUCAAAUACACUGCUAUGCCCCCAACAAAGCGAUUCCGUGAUAUGGAACAGCUAUCUGGUGGGGAGAAGACUGUUGCAGCACUUGCAUUACUUUUCUCCAUCCACAGUUAUAGGCCAUCACCAUUCUUUAUUUUGGAUGAGGUGGAUGCUGCAUUGGAUAAUUUGAAUGUUGCUAAGGUAGCUGGGUUCAUCCGAUCAAAGUCAUGUGAAGGAUCUCGGGGUAAUCAAGGCAUGGAGGGUGGAAGUGGGUUCCAAAGUAUUGUGAUAUCCCUAAAGGAUACCUUUUAUGACAAGGCUGAGGCUUUGGUUGGGGUCUAUAGGGAUUCUGAGAGGAGUUGCUCAAGAACAUUGACAUUUGACCUGACCAAGUAUCGGGAGUCAUGAAAGUUCGACUAUAGGUUCCAUCAAUUAUCUUGUAACUUUAAUGUGCUGUUUAAACUGUAAAUACAAGGACAUAGCUUGGAUGACCUUGUUUCCUCUCUAGGGUUGUAAAAAUUGCAGGUUGUUGUAUUUAGAUUCAUUUACUCAGGAUGUGCAAUACAAUGGUGCCUUUUUCCCUUUUCUUAAACUUCGAAGAAUGGUGAUCUCUCUCUCUCUCUGCGCAUGUGUGACGUGAGACUACUGCAUUGUUUGUGUACUUGUGACGUGAGACUACUGCAUUGUUGUGCUCAUUGGAUGUGUUCAUAUAUGAAAGGGAGGCCAAUAAGCAUA